AGCAAACCUCACUGGAUUGGAGGGAAUGACCACAGGGUCCACACUCAGCCCCGGGAACUCCACCAGCAGCAGGUCACUGGCCAUGGCCACAUUCACCAUCACAGCCAUCCUCAGUCUCCUUGGUUUGUCCUGCAACGGGACUGUCUUCUGGCUCCUCGGUUUCCGAAUCAAGAGGAAUGCUUUCUCCGUUUACAUCCUCAACUUGGCAGGAGCAGAUUUCAUCUUCUUGUGCUGCCAGUUCUUCUUCGUCAUGGUUGACAUUUUAAGAAGUUCUUAUGACAUCUCCUUGACAACCCUUCACUUUAGGAUUGCGUGGCCCUUAUAUUCCAUCUUUCCCCCAGCAAGACUGGUUGCCCCAUUAGCCUUUUCCUCGUACACCAUGGGCCUGAGCCUCCUGGCCGCCAUCAGCACUGAGCGCUGCCUGUCUGUGCUCCUGCCAGUCUGGUACCGGUGCCGCCGUCCCAAGCACCUGUCCACUGCAGUGUGCACCCUGCUCUGGAUCAACUCCUUCCUGGUGUGCAAUCUGACAGGAGACAGCUGUGGGUUUCUGUUUGGAGACUACAGCGAGCAGGCAUGCUAUAAUUUCACCAUCAUCAGUGCUGUGCAAAUUCUCCUCUUGUUCUCUGUGAUGGGCAUGUCCAGCUUGACUCUGCUUGUCAAGGUCCAGUGUUUGUCACAGCGACAUCACCUCACAAAGUUGUACAUAGUUAUCCUGCUCACUGUCCUCAUGUUCCUCCUCUGUGGUCUUCCCUUUGGAAUGUUCUGGCUAAUUUUAUACUGGUGGAGCAAAACUAUAUGCCAAUCUGUGGACCUUCCCUACUAUCUCAUUGACAUUCUGUCCUGCAUGAACAGCAGCAUAAACCCCAUAAUUUACUUUUUUGUUGGGAGCUUCAGACAGCAGGGGAAGCGGGAACCUCUCAGGACUGUUCUCCAGAGGGCUCUGGGGGAUGAGACAGAGGCGAAUGUGGAAAAGGAAACCUCCCCCACAGACACAAUGGAGUUGUCUGCCUGAUCCGUGAAACAUGGACUCUUGGGACUCCUCAAAGUGGCAUUGUUUUCUGGCCCUCACUGCUUUUGGUUAGUUGGCUAUUUAUCCUUGUUCAUGCUACAACUGCCUCCAACAUCCCAUCUUAUGAAAACCCAGAAAAGAGGAAUGACUUGGUACUGCCACCAAUUUAUUUAAUUAAUAUUGAGUCAAACUGCUCUGACAGGCCAAAUAGAUGAGCAAGAGCUCUAUUCCAAAACCAUCAAAAUGAAACUCUAAACCAAAAACCAUCGUGAUGAAGAGCUCCUUCUAAAUCCAGGCUUCCUUACUGAACCUCCAAGAGUCCAUUGGUGCUGUCCCUUUCCAGACGGUUGAGAGCCUUUAUGAAGGGCAAUCUCCUCACUCCAUUUUCUAUUCUGCUAGUUUACAGGUACCCACUUUUGAUUCCCAGUUGUUGUAUCACAUCCUCUUUGUGGAGAGGUAACUCCACUGGUCUCACUCUCCACCACACCCCAUGGAAAUGCUUUUGUUAGGUAGUAGUUAAUGUAGCCCCUUGGGACGCCACAUGCCAAGAUGACUCACAUGUUCAUGCUGCUGUAUCUGUAGAGUCAUAACAGUUUCAAAACUAAUGCAGCUACCACUAAUUGAGUUUGUAUUCCUAUCUGGCCCUUUACAUAUAUUAAUUCAUUAGAUCCUUAUAAUGACCAUUAGCAUACUCCCUGUCCUUACUCUAUAGAUAAGUGUAUCUGAGAUGCAGAAAGGUGAAUUCAUUUUCCUGAAGUCACACAGUGGUCUGGCUGCAAGGCCCACAAGCUCAACCACUAUGCCGCAUCACCAACAGCAGCUGCCAAGGCAGAGGGUGAGGGAGCGGCUGACUACAAAGGGGUGGCAUGAGGGAAUUUGGAGGGAUGAUGAAACUGUUCUGUGCUUUGAUUGUUGUGGUGGUUACAUGACUACGUAUUUUGUCAAAACUCAUAAAGCCAUACAUCAAAAAGAGCAUGUACCUUAUGGUUCCAUUUAUCUGGCAUUCUCCAAUAGGCAAAAUUAAUCUAUGGUGAGAAAAAUCAGAACACUGGUCCCUUCUGAGGAUGGAGGAGGAAGUGACCCAUUAGGGAACUUUUCUGUGUCGGUUCAUUGUAUGUUUAUUACUGUUAUGUAAAUUUUAUGUAAAGAAAACACAAGAUUCUGAAAUAAAUAUUGAACUCCAGUUAAUCAUGGCACACUGAAAGAAGUGUGCUGAUGUGUGCAACUUUGAAAUGCAUCCAUAAAAUAAGAUGGUUUGAUAAAUGGAGAGAAGAAUGAUAGAUGAAUAGAUAUGUGAUAAAGGCAACACAGCAAAAUGCUAACUGCACAAUCUUAGGAGUGGAUGAUAGGUGUUCACUAUGCAAUUCUUUCAACUUUUCCAUAUGUUUGGAAUUUUUCAUGAUAAAAUGUUGGGGUAAGGAAAGCCUCCCCAGUUGUCCCCCUGUUUUACUGUGGAGUGUAUACUGUCAUGUUCGUGGGAGGGGUGUGAUCUGAGAGUGAGUUGAUGAAGAUACACGAAUAUCAAUUGGGAUCUGGGCUGGUUUGGAGCUGUUAUGUACCCCAGAAAAGACUACGUUCUUUUAUUCCAUUCUUGUGGGGGCAGACUUUUGUGAGUGGGAUCUUUUAAUUAGGUUGUUUCCAUGGAGAUGUGACCCCACCC